UGGAGUUGCGACGCAGAAUAUGGCGCGUUCCUAGAAGCCGCUUUUUCGGCAUCAGUAGGCAGCCGCCUGUGGACUGGCAGUGUGGAGCGCCGGACUGACUGACGCCACUUCGUGUUGAGAAGUGGGAGCGGGAGGGCCGGGCCAUUCCGGACCAAACCAAGCGGUUUCCAUGGAUCUUAAUAGUGCCAGCACUGUAGUUCUUCAGGUCUUAACACAGGCCACCAGUCAAGACACUGCUGUUUUAAAGCCAGCUGAGGAGCAGUUGAAACAGUGGGAGACACAGCCAGGUUUCUAUUCAGUGUUGCUGAAUAUUUUUACCAACCACAGUUUGGAUAUAAAUGUCAGGUGGCUUGCUGUGCUGUAUUUUAAACAUGGAAUUGACCGUUACUGGAGACGUGUAGCACCUCAUGCUCUCUCAGAAGAGGAAAAAUCUACAUUGCGUGCAGGGCUCAUCACCAACUUUAAUGAACCAAUAAACCAGAUUGCAACUCAGAUUGCAGUGCUGAUUGCAAAAGUUGCUAGACUGGAUUGUCCUAGACAGUGGCCUGAACUCAUUCCCACUCUUAUAGAGUCUGUGAAAGUGCAAGAUGAUCUUCGACAGCACAGAGCGUUACUUACCUUCUAUCAUGUUACUAAGACACUGGCAUCUAAACGUCUAGCUGCUGAUAGAAAACUGUUCUAUGAUUUAGCUUCUGGAAUUUAUACUUUUGCCUGUUCUCUAUGGAAUCAUCAUACAGACACAUUCCUGCAACAGGUUUCUUCUGGCAAUGAAGUUGCAGUUCUUAGCUCACUAGAACGAACUCUACUGUCAUUAAAAGUGCUGCGUAAGCUAACUGUUAAUGGAUUUGUGGAACCUCACAAGAAUAUGGAGGUGAUGGGUUUUUUACAUGGAAUAUUUGAACGCCUAAAACAGUUUCUGGAAUGUAGUAGAAAUAUAGGUACAGAUAAUGUAUGUAGAGACAGACUGGAAAAAACCAUCAUUCUUUUUACUAAAGUGCUUUUGGACUUCUUGGAUCAGCAUCCCUUUUCAUUUAUUCCUCUAAUUCAGAGAUCAUUGGAAUUUUCUGUAAGCUAUGUUUUUACUGAAGUUGGUGAAGGCGUUACCUUUGAACGAUUCAUUGUCCAGUGCAUGAAUCUUAUUAAAAUGAUUGUCAAAAAUUAUGCUUAUAAGCCGUCCAAAAAUUUUGAAGAUAGCAGCCCUGAAACUCUUGAAGCCCAUAAGAUUAAGAUGGCCUUCUUUACGUAUCCCACUUUGACAGAGAUAUGUAGAAGAUUAGUUUCUCAUUAUUUCUUAUUAACUGAAGAAGAGCUGACGAUGUGGGAAGAAGACCCAGAAGGGUUUACAGUGGAAGAAACAGGAGGAGAUUCUUGGAAAUAUAGUUUGAGACCUUGCACUGAAGUACUAUUUAUAGAUAUAUUCCAUGAAUAUAAUCAGACUCUUACUCCUGUACUUCUAGAAAUGAUGCAAACUCUUCAAGGGCCUACCAAUGUGGAAGAUAUGAAUGCACUGUUAAUCAAAGAUGCUGUGUAUAAUGCCGUUGGACUAGCUGCUUAUGAACUGUUUGAUAGCGUUGAUUUUGAUCAGUGGUUUAAAAACCAACUUCUUCCAGAGUUACAAGUCAUUCACAAUAGGUAUAAACCAUUGCGACGCAGGGUGAUUUGGCUGAUUGGUCAGUGGAUUUCUGUAAAAUUCAAAUCUGACUUAAGACCCAUGCUGUAUGAGGCAAUCUGUAACUUACUUCAAGAUCAAGAUUUAGUGGUCCGAAUUGAAACGGCUACAACUCUGAAGUUAACUGUUGAUGAUUUUGAAUUUAGAACAGAUCAAUUUCUACCGUAUUUGGAGACCAUGUUCACACUACUUUUUCAGUUACUGCAGCAAGUUACAGAAUGUGACACAAAGAUGCACGUUUUGCAUGUCCUUUCUUGUGUGAUUGAAAGAGUCAACAUGCAGAUACGACCAUAUGUAGGAUGUUUGGUACAGUAUUUGCCUCUUCUUUGGAAGCAGAGUGAAGAACAUAAUAUGUUGAGAUGUGCUAUUCUGACAACACUUAUUCAUCUUGUUCAGGGAUUAGGAGCAGACAGCAAGAACCUGUACCCUUUCCUGCUCCCAGUUAUCCAACUGAGUACUGAUGUUUCCCAGCCUCCACAUGUCUAUCUUCUGGAAGAUGGUUUAGAAUUAUGGUUAGUGACACUGGAAAACAGUCCAUGUAUUACACCAGAGUUGCUUCGUGUAUUUCAGAAUAUGUCACCACUACUUGAACUAAGUUCAGAAAAUCUCAGGACCUGCUUUAAGAUUAUCAAUGGUUAUAUCUUUUUAUCAUCAACCGAGUUUUUACAGACAUAUGCAGUAGUUCUUUGUCAGUCCUUUUGUGAACUACUAAAGGAAAUUACUACAGAAGGUCAAGUUCAAGUCCUCAAGGUUGUGGAAAAUGCCCUUAAAGUGAACCCAGUAUUAGGCCCACAAAUGUUUCAGCCAAUUUUACCCUGUGUUUUCCGGGGUAUCAUAGAAGGGGAGAGAUAUCCUGUAGUCAUGUCCACAUAUCUUGGAGUUAUGGGUCGAGUUCUACUACAAAAUGCUAGUUUUUUUUCUUCACUUCUUAAUGAGAUGGCACAUAAAUUUAAUCAGGAGAUGGACCAGCUUUUGGGAAACAUGAUUGAAAUGUGGGUUGAUAGAAUGGACAACAUUACCCAGCCUGAAAGAAGAAAACUUUCAGCUUUGGCUUUGCUUUCACUUCUGCCAUCUGAUAAUAGUGUUAUCCAAGAUAAAUUCUGUGGGAUCAUAAAUAUCUCAGUGGAGGGCCUUCAUGACGUCAUGACAGAAGACCCUGAGACAGGAACAUACAAAGACUGUAUGUUGAUGUCUCAUCUUGAGGAACCAAAAGUAACAGAAGAUGAAGAACCACCGACAGAACAAGAUAAGAGGAAAAAGAUGCUAGCCCUGAAGGACCCUGUACACACGGUGUCCCUGCAGCAGUUCGUCUACGAGAAGCUGAAGGCACAGCAGGAGGUUCUGGGAGAACAAGGCUUCCAGUCUCUCAUGGAAACAGUGGACACAGAGAUUGUCACUCAGCUCCAGGAGUUUUUGCAAGGAUUCUAAGAGCACAUGCCGUGUGACUGCCACCCCUUUCUGAAACUUGCCGAUAACCCAGUCUGCCAACUGUUUUUGCAAGCCUGCUGAAAUGAGAGGUCACUUAUAUAUGAAGAUGGAACAAAGACACACAUGUUUUUUACUACAAAAUAUAAAGAUAAAAUGUAAAUUCCCCAUAACUAAAAUUGCAAACCUAUUCCUCAGAAGAAUUUAAUUUUAUAUUUAUGAAGGGCCCCCAUGUUUACUAGAGGUACAUUUAUUGACAAAAGCUACUUAAUUUUCUGUUAAGAGAAGACACUUUGAUUAUUUUUAAUCAUGUACUCUUGAGAAGAUGAAGGUUAAUGUGAGAUGUUUUUCUGCAACCAAAAUUAGCUAAAAUUGGCUACCUUUAUGUCAGCUAAUGAAACGUUUGAAAAAUCGACAAAGCUGUUUAGAUGAUUCAGUUAAAGAAAUGUGUGCACCAGGCAAAAACAUAAAUAGUAACAUAUAUACAUUGCCAAGAUUAUCUUGUAAGGAAUUGUGUUUAUCUGACAUAGAAAACAUGUUUUAUUAAACAACUGCUUUUAUUUUCACUCUGGUAAUCUGGCACAAAAAAUAGUAAAGGCAUUUUUUCUUGUUUUAUUUUCAAUAAAGACGUUUAGUCUGUAAAUGUAGAUUGUAAGACCCCAACAUAAACCUCCAGUACUGUAGUGCCAGGUGAGACACCAUGGUCAUGGUUUGGUUCUUGUUUGUUUUUAUUCUUCAAGGCCAGCAGCCCUAUGAGCACUGGGCACCUCCCGGUGCUCUGUGCUGGAUCAGUCCCACCUACUGGAGCAGCUGUUUAGCACUCUCCCACCUCAGGCCCUUCAGUUAGGGAAGCAUCAGGGCCUCAGAGGACCGGCAGCAGUCCCCAGUUACCAACACUGGUAUAACUAGUCUUCCUUCCUUAUUCCUCCAUCAUGCAGUACACAAAAAGGGGAAAAGGACAAAAUAAAGCCUUACUUUGCUUUACUUGCCAUUUACUGUAAGGAACCAUUAAAGCAUUUCUUAGGAAAUAUAAGCAAGGAUGGAGAAUGUCUUAUCUUUCUAUAGAAAGUUGGGUAUACUAUGUAACCAUGGGAAACCCACUUUCCCUUUGUAAGCUAUAGAACCCAAAAUAUCUGGGGAUAUUUGAUGUUUUCAUCAGGACAGAAAGUGUGGUCCAGAUUAAAUUUUCCAAAGAUACCUCACCUUUGACUGAUUUGUGUGAUUAUGUUUUUGGCUUCAACAACAAAAUGGGAGAUUUUCUUCUGUACUUAGGUCUGGUUCUACACUACUAGAUGGCAGUACUGAGGGUAACAAGUCUCAGUUACAUUGCAAUUCCUCUUAACGACUAAAUGCUCCUUUGAAGUGGUAUUUCUUUACCAUUCUUACUCAGUCCGCAUGACCGAUCUAAAAAUUAUGUUUCUCUUGACUGAUUUUCAUUUGAAGCACUGUCCCCACCAGUAUUAUCAGAAAUUCUUAAACAUAUUCUAGUUCUUCCAUUACAAUAUCUUUUUAAUUCCUGAUAGAUUUCUUUACAGUGUCAUAGCAAAUACUACUAAAACAGCUACUUUGGAAAAAAUGAAUAAAAAGUUUAUCUCAGAGGAAGAAUUUGAUUCAUUUUUUAAAUUCAUAGUUUAAAAUAGUUGUUGCUUAAAUAAUUCAUGUAUCUUGAACUUUUUGUUUUCAAACUGUUUAUAGAACUCUAGUUCAUGAGUACAACUUUAUAGCAAAUAUAUAUUGUUUUGAUCACACAAUUCAGCCAGAUUGUGGCUCCUAUUA